GAGAUAAUUCCAAGUCGUAGGAAAUGUCUUCGUUAAAGUAUCGGAUCUUUAAUUUUAAAAAAUGAUUAUUUCCAAUUUUAAACGACAAUAUUCAGACAAUCGGUUCGUAAGAUUUAUGAUACGAAAUGCAUUUUUGCAGCCAUCACCUUGGUCGAUGCAGCAAUUGAUAUCGUCGUCCUUCAAAAGGACAAGAGCUUUUGUUCGACAUUUAUUGGGUCGUGGUUCAUCACUAUAUUCGUCAAAGAAGUUCAUCCCGAACAAUAAGAACAUCGUUCUCAUUUCGAAGAAUUUCUAUACACAAUCAAGACUUGUACGUCAUUUGUUUCGGCAGCGAGAACAUUUUACCCGUUUCUAUUUCGGUAAUUCUCCAUUUAAAACAUUCAAUAGACGCGUUUUUAAUGGAACCGGGCUCACAUUUGGUUUAGCCGGUAUUUAUUGUCGCGAUAGUGAUGGUUAUCCUGAUUUAUCCAAAACUUUAUCCCAUAAACCUCAGAGUCUCGACUUUAGAGACUUUUUCAAAACCGUGAAAAGUCCUAUAUUCGAAUCCGACGAACUUAGAGAUGAUAUAACCAAAGCUGAUUAUAUCGAGUUCGAUGAUUUUAUUUCGAAAGGAUGUUGUGGUGCUGUACACAAAGGAAAAAUCAAAGAUUAUGAAACCGAAAAAGUUAGAUACGUUGCCGUAAAAAUGUUAUUCAAUUAUGAUAUGAGCUCAAAUUCUAUAGCCAUCAUGAAAGAAUCGAUUAAAGAAUGUACACCAUAUCGCGGAACUUUUGGAACAAUUCCAACGCGAAAAGUUUUAUCUUCGCAUCCAAAUAUCGUUAAAAUUUUAUCAGUGUUUGUCGACGAAUUCAAACCCGUAAAAAAUAGUGAAAAUCAUUAUCUACAUGCGUUGCCACCAGCAUAUGGUGGUUUCGGUCAUAAUCGAACAUUAUUUGUUAUGCAAAAACUCUAUGAUAUGUCGUUGAAAACAUAUCUUAUUAGGAAUCCGUUUCCGAUGGAACUUUGUUCGUUGGCUAUAUUAACUCAAUGUUUUGAAGCUAUUGAUUUUUUAAAUAAAAAUCAAAUAGCUCAUCGAGAUCUCAAGUUAGAUAAUUUUCUCGUAGAAUUACCUAACAAUGAUAAUGAUUAUCCAUGGAUUGUCAUCACCGAUUUUGGACUCUGUUCAACAAGUCUAAAAAUUCCUUUUGAAACAGAUGAAGUUUGUAAAGGGGGCAACAAUGCAUUAAUGGCGCCUGAAAUCAAAACAGCUCAUCCACGAAAACGUGCAAUAUUAGAUUAUAGAAAAGCGGAUCUUUGGUCCAUGGCCACUAUUGCAUAUGAAAUAUUUGGCUCAUUGAAUCCCUUUUAUCGAAAAACGAUAAAUCAACAAGCUUUUGAUGGAGCAAAUUAUUGUGAAAAUGAUAUACCGGCAUUUCCAUCUCAAUUGCCUUUGUUGGCAUCGAUGGUGAAGCGAAUUCUUCGAAGGAAUCCAGACGAGCGUCCUUCGCCUUACCUUGUUUCGUCUUACUGUCAUCUUCUGUUACAAUAUGGACCGAAACAAAUGGAUGCACUUUUAGUGUCUGAAGAUCGCCAAUUACAAUAUCAAAUGUUGAAAAAUUGGUUCAAAUCAUUAUCGUAUCGAACAUUGUUUGAAAUAACAAAUGGACAUUUGUAUCAAAUCUCAAAUUCUUAUCGAAUGCAAGUAAUAUUUCUGGCUAAAUAUAAUAGUAAUCAACUUGUUGAUAUUAUUGAAAAAUCAUCAUUUAAGUUUAUUUAGUUUAUUCCGUGUUUA